UGGGUCCGAAUCCGAGUCCGGGCAGCCGGCGGUGUUUGUGUGCGCCAAACGAAGUUAACAGGCAGAAAACCGGCUUCCAGCGGGAUGCGAAGGAUGAUGGCGGUGUGGCGGUGAUGUGGAAUGGUGGCGCGUGCACAGGUGAUCUCGUUCAGUUCAGGAAUGGCGAUGAUGAUGAUGAUGGCGAGUGAGGUGGGAUGCUGUGGGUUUGGCAGGAGGGUUAUUGGUGUUACACGAUCCUUGUUCGUAUCCUGUAGCCGAAGUUGAGAACGGAUGGAGAUAUUUCCUUAACAGACAGUCAGUCGUCAGUCUUCUGUGCAAUUUUGACCUGUACGGCCGCGUGCUAAAACGCUUUUUGACACACAAAUUUUCUUGUUCCGCCAUUCAACUCUCCAAAACACACACUAGUUGUCCCUCGUGUUACCACUCAGCCCACGCAGUUCCCGGGAGAACCCAGACAACCCAGACCGGUUUUUUCGUACCCGCGCGUAAUCUGUGUGCGUCUCGCCAGGAGGAAACGGUGUUUACUACGUCGAGGAGACAGGAAAGUUGCCAACGGCGUUCCGGUAGUCAGAUUAUCGGAGAGCAGGAGUCAAACCGAAUUGGUAAUUGAAUUUCGUUUGCUAAAUCGCCUUAUCAUUAGCGUUGACACGUUAUCACAAUAUCGUCAUCUUGUCUCCGUGUCAUCCGACAUUGUUACCCAGUGCUACUACUUGAGUUCUCAACUGCCGAGACCAGCUUGACACCGGCGUGCUAAUCUUCGUUUCGUACAAGAGCAGUUGGAGAUUUUAUCAACUUGUAAUAGCUUUGCUCUAGGGUGCACUUGGAUUCCAUUUCGUCGUCAUCGCUGUUGUCGUCUUUACCGUGCUGUAACUAGUGCCAAAAACGGAAACAGGACUCUCUUUAUUAGCCCAACACAAAGGAGAAACCAUCAAGAUUAAACUCGGAUGCUGGUGUGCCAUAUCCGUGCCAGUGACAUAAGCUAGUUGGAAGUAUAUUUAGUGCUUCAAAGUAUAAUCGUGCGUGUCUUAAUAGUCAAGAUAAAACAUUUUCCCUUUGGAGCUCUCAGCUUUUGAAAUACUCCUUCGAGGAAUCUCUGCUCUUUUCCCACAGUUGGUGAUUAUUGGAUUGGUCCAAAGGUCCCAUUAGUGUACAAUCAGAUCCAGAAGAAGCAGACGCCGAAGAAGAAACGCGAAAAUUGAAUCAACUGAGAUAAAUAGCUAAAGAUAACGGUCAACUCCUCGUUUAUCGCCGCUCGAAAGGAAUCGUCACUAUUCGAGGUUUCACAACCGACGACAACUAAACCGGUGGGAAAUAUCUAUAAAUAGUCCCCCGCGUCCAGGAUCGAACAAAGAACGAGGACAAUAAAAGUCACUCGUACAGUUUUUGGGAACAUUCCAAGCCCUCCGGAUAGGAAAGAAGACAAAACAGUGCAAAGUAUUUAUUUUUAACGGAAACAGUAGCAACCUCCCAGGAUCAUCACCCAUCGACAUUUCCUGAAAAGUGUGGGACGUGGGUGAAGGCAGUGUGACAGUGUGUUAAGUGCAAAAUUAAAAAAAAAAGAAAAAGAAAUCAUCCAACAACUACAGCAAACAACCAAGAAGCAAUCAAGUUUUGUGUCAACUUUUCCACAAAAAGUUGGCAUCCUUGGCAACAGUCUCGAGACCGACCGAAACCGAGGGAAUCGUUGUUGGGGAGAACACGAACCAAAAUUGGAAAACGCGCAACGGAAGAGCGAACAUUUCCUGCUUAACACGCCUGUUGCCUGGAGCGGCUUUUUACUCGACGACGACGACGACGACGUAAGACGUGCAGUGUCAACCCAAAGCGACUCCAGCCAGUAAUUAAGCAGGUCCUUUUUGAAAAGGUUCGAUUCUUUCCUUGGCGUUUCUUAAAAGCGUUUUAAUUUACUUAAUCCUUCGGCGCGACGCGUGCGAAACAGCCAACCUUAUACACAACCUUUCUCCAACAAUAAAUAACAACAUAUACACACACACACACGGUGAGUGGAGUGCAUAGAAAGUGCGAAGUGUUCCGAGGAAAGAUCAAACAGGAAGAAAGUCAGCGAAGAAGUGGAAUAAUCUGAAGAAAAAGUGUGCGACAUUGAGUGAGUUUGCCUACAAAUCCGACGCGACGACGGAAAGCAGAAGCAAUAAAAGCGGAAAAACGUAAGAACGGGCGCGCGCGCGUUUAGAGAGAAGAUACCCGGAAAGUUUCCCAAUUAAUCAAGUUUUUUUUGCGAGCGAGCGAGCGAGCUAGCAAGCGGCGAAAAGAAAGUGGAAAUUCUAUCGGUAGCAUCGUCGGCAAUAACGGCAGCAACAAUUUCUACACUAACAGCAGCACCAGCAGCAACAAUAGCAGCAGCAAUGGAGGAAGCCAAGGCCAAGCUCACAGAGAUCAACCUGUCCGACGACCCGGCAGUCACGCUCACCAUCCGGCUCAUCAUGCAGGGCAAGGAAGUCGGAAGUAUAAUUGGCAAAAAAGGAGAAAUUGUCAAACGAUUCAGGGAAGAGUCCGGCGCGAAAAUCAACAUAUCAGAUGGAUCCUGUCCGGAGCGAAUCGUUACGGUGUCCGGUUCCAGAAGUGCUAUCUACAAAGCCUUUACACUGAUCACAAAGAAGUUCGAAGAGUGGUGUUCACAGUUCCAAGACAAUACUAAUGCACAGGGUAAAACACAAAUUCCAAUCCGCUUAAUCGUACCAGCUAGUCAGUGUGGUUCUCUGAUCGGAAAGGGUGGUUCCAAGAUAAAGGAAAUCCGCGAGAUUACAGGGUGCUCGAUUCAGGUCGCUAGCGAAAUGUUGCCAAACUCGACGGAGCGUGCCGUUACGUUGAGCGGUUCGGCGGACGCCAUCACGCAGUGCAUCUACCACAUAUGCUGCGUCAUGCUGGAGUCGCCCCCGAAAGGUGCCACCAUCCCGUACCGGCCGAAGCCCCAGAUGAACGGACCGGUCAUAGUAGCGAACGGCCAGGCGUACACCAUCCAGGGCAACUAUGCCGUUCCAGCACAGGAGAGAUACUUUGCUCCUCCCGUCCGUACCUGCACAGUAUUCCCACUAGCCAUAGCCGGUGGCUUGCAUGCGGCAGGCAUCUCAGGUUUAGCCGAUCCAUUACUAAAAGGAACACAUCUACAAGGAGCGAUACCUCCACAUCAUCUACAACCGAUACCUGAUGUUGGUGGACUCGCCAAGAACCCACUUGCAGGACUGGCUGCCCUCGGACUUGCCGGUGCCAUUCCGACCAAUACCGGUGGACUGAACCCAACAGCUGCUGUUGAUGUUAAGUCUCCGACCUGUACCGCUCUUGCAGCGCUGGCCGGAUCCCAGCUGCGGACCAACAACAACCGCAGCGUAACCACCCAGGUCCAGUCCCAAUCCCACGAGAUGACAGUGCCAAACGAUCUGAUCGGGUGCAUCAUCGGCAAGGGCGGCACCAAGAUUGCCGAAAUCCGCCAGAUCUCCGGUGCCAUGAUCCGCAUUUCGAACUGCGAGGAACGGGACAGCGGUAACACUGACCGAACCAUCACCAUCACCGGCAAUCCCGACUCGGUGGCCCUGGCACAGUAUCUGAUCAACAUGAGCGUCGAACUGCAGAAGGCGAACCUAGGCGAUGAAGCCGGCGCCUCGGGACCCCCCAGCACCGCUUCCGGGGUAAAUCCCCUGCUCCCGAAUACCAGCACCAGUUCCGGUUCCGGCAGUUCGGGGGCCGGUUCCAAUAGUGCCGCUGCCAGUGCCAUCGCGAGCAACCCGCUCGCCUCGGCCAUUCCGUUGGCCCAGCUCCUGUCGAAACCCGGUGCGCUGAAUGCCCUGACCAGCCUGUCGGCCCUCGGUGGACUUUCCGACCUGCUCGGGGGACUGUCCAGCGGUGCGGCCGGCGUCGGCCUGGGCUCCAUUCAGACCACCGGCGUCAGUCGGCCGAAAACGACCCGGAUGCGGUCCCCGAACAGCAACACCAGCAUGAACGGCGAUAGCAAUAAGAAGAGCGAGCGCAAUAAGUUCAAUCCCUACUAGGAUGGGGAGGCUCCCGAUGCACUUUGCUGGGGCGGGACGGUCGUGGAGCUUAACAGUAAUAACUUCCGAGAAUAGAUGAGGGGUGGGACGGCGCGGGAAUCCUGCGCGGGUUAUAUUAAUAUGUGUGUGUAGUAGCGUUUAGCGGUAGACUGUGUUAGGGACAAAGUUUAAUUGAGAGACGACACUUUGGAGCAGGUCUUUUCCUCCGUCGGUGGGAAGAACAAGGCGAGGAAAGUCAAACAUGAAUUUAUUAUAGAAGAGAAGCUCGCUGACGAUUGGUAUUGUAGGAAAAUUUCGUAGGAUUUCCUUUCUUUUUUCGCGUCGGAUUGGGCGAACGCGCCUGCGGCAUGGUUUUUCCAGUUUACAAAAGUACCGGAUUCAAAGAAGGACGGAAAAACCGGCUGCAGCAGACGAGAUAAAAAUUUUAUUUAUAGAAUUUAAUUCAAUUAAGAUUUAAAAUAGGAUCACGAUCAGCGCGCAGUCGAAAAGGACGCGGCGGCAGUGGUGAAGAACCGAGCCGGCUAGCGACGGUAGAGUAGAGAAAAGGGCAGAGUCGUUUAAGCUUUUAGUUUAUUUUUUCUUUCGUUGGUUUUGUGCCCUCGGUGUAUUCCGGUAUUCGAUUUGAAACAGAGAAGAAGCCAACAGACAUCCAGCGUUCCGUACAGUUUGAUGGCCGCGCGUGCUAUAACUAUAAUUAGUGCCGUCGUCGUAGACGUCGCGCGAAAUUUCUGCACGGAUUCUUUCGUUGGUCUUUUUCCAAUGCCAUAAGCGCUGCAAGUUUGGCGCUCCGUAUGCUAGAAUUAGCUUCAAUCGUUUUUCUUUUUUUUUUAUCGAAAAUUCUCAUUUGAUUCGGACACGACACGUGAAAUUUACAAUCAACUUUGGUUCUAAACUAAUUGUAAUUAUUGUAUAUUUCCAAACCCGAAUUGAGGGCAUUAUCGCGCUGAAUCGACACGCCAGGGUUAGCUCCUUAGGAGGUAGACUUCUAAAAAAGUAGACGAGUGGCAUUUUUGAAUAAGGUAGUAAGACAACCAUUUUAAAUAAAUAUUUUGGCUUUGAAGAGAAAAUGUUGACUUUGAGAUUAGAGGAAGGGUAAUGUUAAGGGGGUCGGGUGGCUUGA